GGGUAUACAUGUAUUGAACUUGUGAAUAAAAAAUGAUUCUUUUUGAAGAAGGAUCCUCUGCUUAUCUUGUUUGUCGAAGGACCUAGGUGUAAAUUUAAACAGCACAAAAAACUUGAAAUCAUCAGGGAGAAGCUGCAUUUCACAUGUUUCUUUAUAUAAUUCACUACAAUAACUUCAGAUAUGACAUAGACACAUUGGCCUUGUGUGUCUAAGUAGUGAGCUCUUGACACCCUUCUUGCCUUGGAAAUUAAAGUAGUAUUAGAACAGAGGGACCUUUGGGCUGUGGUAGAAGUUUCAUUUGAACACAGAGAGAAAUGGAUUGGCAAGGUCCAGCAAGUCAUGAAUCAGGGAAAGGAGCAGAAAAAGGCCUUCGAGGCAUCCAGAUUGGGAGUGGCAGGGAAUUCUGGGAAAGAACCGUGCAGAAGAUCCUUGAAGGAGACCGCACCGGCUCAGAUGUCCAGUGUCAGAGAUUCAGGCAGUUCCGCUACCAGGAGGCUAAGGGACCCCGAGAGGUUUGCAGCCAACUCCACAAACUUUGCUGUCAGUGGCUGAAGCCAGAGAGAAACGCAAAAGCUCAGAUGCUGGACCUGGUGAUCCUGGAGCAGUUCCUGACCAUCCUGCCCCCAGAGAUGGCAAGCUGGGUCAGAGAAUGUGGGGCGGAGACCAGUUUCCAGGCAGUGGCCCUGGCAGAAGGCUUUCGCCUGAGCCAAGCAGGGGACAGGAACCAGAAAGAGCAGCAGGCACAGAUGAUGUUAACAAAAUCAGCCACUGAUCUCAUGAAGGCAGAGAAGGCCCCAUUGGACACCACACAGGAGUUUCUGUUCAGAGGGAUCAUGCAGGAGGGUGAUGAAGGUAGCACCCCACUAGGCAGUGAAAUGACCCUGGUGACUCCUCCUAGGUCUUCUCCUCUUGGUGGUGGAAUGGAAACGGUUGAUGUGCAGUCACCAGAGCAGGGAGCCGUGACCUUGGAGGAGGUGGCUGUGUGUUUCUCCGAGGAGGAGUGGGCUCUGCUGGAUCCAGCCCAAAGGGCUCUGCACAGGGAAGUCAUGGCGGAGAAUUCUGGGAAUCUGGCCUUGCUGGAAUUACUUUCCGUUACCAAACCUGACCUCACCUCCUGGCUGGAAGAAGAAGAAGAAGACCCAUUUGUCGAGGCCUCCAAGAAAGGAGAGAGAUCAGCAGGUAAUCAGAGGAAGAAUGGAAAGAAGAGUGAACAACCAAAAAGGAAAACUGAAGAGAAUCAGAAGAGGAGGAGGAAGACCACAGCUUCUGAAGGGGCAGGCUUCCAUGCAAUUCCAGUCCAAGAAGGAAGUCUCAAAGAAGACAAUGAGAUUCCCUUACAUGUCAAAAUCUUAACUAAUAAACCACACCUUGGCAUGUAUUACAGAAGCCACACAGGCGAGAAACCAUAUCAGUGUGGAAAGAGUUUCAGUCAGAGGUCAAGCCUUGAUUAUGAUCAAGAAAUCCACACAGGAGAAAAACCACACACCUGCUCAGUGUGUGGGAAAAGCUUCUGGGUAAAGAUAAACCUCAUUUCCCAUCAAAGAGUCCACACCGGAGAGAAACCCUAUCAAUGCAUGGAAUGUGGGAAGCGCUUCAGCCACUUUGGUAAUUUUACUCGCCAUCAAAAAACGCACACAGGGGAGAAGCCGUAUAAGUGUUCGGAGUGUGGAAAGAGCUUCCGCUGCAGUGGCAACUUCACUCGCCAUCGGAGAAUCCACACAGGAGAGAAGCCAUUUAAAUGCUCCGUGUGUGGAAAGGACUUCCUUCAGAAGAGUCACCUUAUUUCCCAUAGAAGAACUCACACAGGAGAGAAACCAUACACCUGCACAGAGUGCGGAAAGAGCUUCGGCCGCUUUGAUUACCUCUCUCGCCAUCAAAGGAUCCACAGAGGAGAGAAGCCACCUAACUGUUCGGAGCUUGGAAAGGGCUUCAGUCAGAGCAGUAGCCUGACUUCCCAUCAAGGAAUCCAUGUGCAUAAAUUCGAAGGAGGCAGCAGGACUCAAGUCCCUGCCAGAAUCCCCCAGGGGGAGCUCUGCCUUCCCCAGCUUGCCAGUGCCAAGCGGAAUCCACAGGCUCACUCCUUGAUGGACCCAGUCAACUCUUCUAAUCUUCUCUCAGUAACAACAGCAGUGACAGCACGUGACAGGUCUCUGCCGUGUCAGACUACAGUUCCUGUUAUUCUUUGGGGCCUUGUUCCUGUUCACAAGUAUUAGUUUUGUCCUUCAUCUACUGUAUUGACCUGAAUCCAAGACUAGGUUUUUCCCCCUGAGUUCUUUGAUGGUAGCUAUAGGGGGGUCAUCUUGCAGUCAAAGUCCUCUUCCUUUGGGGUAAAUACAGUUGUUAUCUGGAUUUAAUCUGGAUUUUUGAAGUGGGUUGUCUUAAAUUCAGAUGCAUCUUCUAUUUGGGUAAAUACAGUUAUCCUUGAAGAAGACCCAUGUUGCAAGGCUAGACUUCUGGAAGGUUCCGUUGAAUACAGGCGGGCUCUGCAGAAGGCAUAGGGUUGCCACAUUCAUGGGAGAGAAUUCCUGGACACAGUCAUCAAAGGGUGGGAGUUUGUCACUUGAAAACCCCACUCUCCCAAUACGGCCAGUACUGGGAAAGUGUGCUCCAUGGAAGGGCUUGGUAGCUGUUCUGUGCAUUUCCACACAGAUAGAGUUCUUUGCAUAGGAGAGGUUUAGGAACUCAUAUAGCACAUUUUGGAGCAGAAGAUGGGGUUGGAGCUUCAUCUUUGAUAUUGUUAACAAUAAAGUACUGUUGUGUGUUAA